CACGGAGUUUCUUGCAUCACUGUCCACUUCCGGGUCAGGGUUGGAGGAGGCAACAUGGCGACUAUGGAGAGCAAAAUCCGGUAUUUACAGGAAAAACUGUUGACCAGCGACGAUUCCUCCAAGCGCCUAAAGAUCCUUCAACGCCUGGAUAGUCUGCCAAUAACAAUAGAACUUCUACAGGCAACAGGAGUUGGUAAGGCAGUGAACGGCCUGAGGAAGCAGGAGGGAGAGCUGGGAGACCAGGCACGGGGACUGGUGCAGAAAUGGAAGGGCAUGGUGCCAGCUGACGGCAUCAUCAUCCCAGCCAAACAACCCGACAAACCCAAGGAAACCGUCCAAGUCAUCUCAGAAGAACCUCCCGUAAAAAAGGCUAAAAUCGAUUCCUCAAGUCACAAUAAAGUAAAACAAGCUGAUGUGAAGAAAGAAAAGCAUAAGGACCAUAAGGAGAAAAAGGCACAAGAUAGAUCUUUAAACAAUGGAGGCCAGAGGUCAUCACUGGGUCAGGGUGACAGGUCAACAUCACAAGGUCAGAGGUCAUCAGGAGGUCAGGGUGAGAGGUCAUCAGUGCAUCACCAAAGGUCAUUGGAGCAGAAGAUGACGAAGCAUGGACAGUCAAACGCAACAAAAUUUGAAGCUGGUAAAGUUAAGAAGUUGGUUAAAGAAGAGGAUGACAUUGAGAAAUAUGUCAAGGAGUACCAACAUGUGAAAACAGAGUCUUCUGCUAAGUUGUCUUCGAGCCACAAACAUAAGGAAAAGUCAUCAACUAAUUCUGUUUCAGUCAAAGAAAGUUCAUCAACUCUUCCAAAAAAGGUGUCCAGUUCCAAUAGCAAGUCUUCUCAUAGGGAGAAAGUAGAAAAGCUGCCAUCUUCACCUGUCAAACAUGAGGGCAAAGGUCACUCACAGGUCGCAGGUGAAAGGCCAAGGGUCAGCAAGCCAGUCACAAAGGAGAUAUCCCAACCAAAGGAAGUUACAAAGGAAACAAGAGCUGAUAGAAAAUCCAAGGUCUCCUUUGAUGAACCCAAAGAAGAUGGUCUAGGAAGUGGUGAUGAGGACUUUGAUGAACCGACACAGUCAUUUGAAGACUAUUUGAACUAUGACCUUCCUGUCAAGGUCAAGAAAAAGAAGGUUAAAAAGCCGCCUGUUCCCAAUCCUGUUAAACCUGUCAAUCAUUCAGGGACCAAGAAUCCGAAGUCCUCGGAAAGGAAGGCGAACCAGUCUCAUCACGGGACAACAUCAGGGGCUGAGAAGUCAAAACACAAACAUCACAAACAGCACAAGGGAGAAAGGUCAAAGGGUGAAAGGUCACAUUCAGGUCAUAGUUCAGAGGGCAGCCACAAGACCAAGAGUCACAAGCAUGACAAGGAGAAGAGGAAGAGAUCAUCUGAAGAUCUGGAAGACAAAUCUUCAUCAAAAAAGCAGAGGAUAUCUGAGCCAGCCCUGACCCAGCCAGACAACCCAGUCAGUCUGCCUGAGAUCCAGCCUAACUACCGACCCCUCCGCCUGCCUGUACCUGACCUGGACCUGUCUCCUCACAAGAAGAGAGGUCAUGGUCUAGAGGAUGCAGAGUUCGCCACCUUCCAAAAGAACACCCGGACUCAGGUGUACUCAGGUCGCAGGUCACAUUACCUGACAGAAGUCCCCACACUAUUUGACAGCUGUAUGCAGAUCCUGUGUGACAACAUUGAUGCCCUUGAGGAGUUGGGCGGGGUUCCUUAUGACAUCAUCAAGCCUGUCCUUGAUAAAUGCACACCUGAGCAGCUGUGUUACCUGGAGGAACAGAACCCGUACCUGAUGGAGGAUACAGACCACCUGUGGCAGAUCCACUGUAACCGAGACUUCAGGAACGCUCAGAGGGACCAGGAUUCAUUCGAGGCCUGGAGAGAACUCUAUCUGAGGAAACACGAGGAGAGAGAGGAGAGACUGAAGAGCAUCACUGCCAAGGUCAGCGCAGCCUGGGCAGGGAAACCUCAAGGACGUACGACCAAGCUGGCAUACCUGGACGGUCCGGUGAAGCCACCGCGUGAUGUCAGGAGGAAACAGGAGAAACUAGGAACAGCAGGACCGCACACACAGCACAAACCUGUCAGCAGUCUCUCCAGGAAGCAGCCAGUAGUGAAGAAGAUUCGUCCCCCCAGCUCCUCCAGUAGCCGAGGCUCCAGUAGUUCCUACAGCAGUGGUGCAGACAUGUCCAGUACUGGGACCAGUACAGCUGCCAGCAGCAGUAGUAGUGGUACUGGGGGCAGGCAGGCUAAAGGUAAGUGA